AUGUCGGUAAAAUGCAUUCUUAUUUGUUCAACGAGCGCAAACUUGUAUUACAUAGUUGACCCGAACAACGCCAAGCCUUACCAAUGUAUGAGCUGCGACAAGCGCUUCAGUCAGAAGACCACCAUCACCGACCAUUUGAGAUAUUUUUGUGGCAAGGGCCCGCAGUUCAAGUGCAAGUACUGCGAGCACAAGUCCAUCAAUUCGUCCAAUAUAUUGCGACACUGUCGCGUCUGGCACAAACGCGAUAAGCCGGCCUACGUCAGGCUAUUCGAGAAAAUGCAUCCUCUAGCGCCCGAACAUCCGGGCUACAUACUGCUGUCGACCUCCUACAAGCGCUUCCAGUGCCUCAAGUGCAAUCGGCGCUUCAGCCAAAAAUCGACCAUGAUCGACCAUUUGCGCUACUUCUGCGGCAAAGGCCGCCAGUACAAGUGCCCGUACUGCGAGACCCUCGGCCACAGCUCGUCCAAUAUUUAUCAGCACGUGCGACGCCAUCAUCAAGGUAGCCGGGCCUACGCCGCUCGACCAACGAGGCAACCCAGACUGGCCCAGGGAAACAAGCGACACCCCUGUCCGCGCUGCUCGCGCACCUACAAGCACCGCAGCCACAUGCUGCGUCACUACAAGUACGAGUGCGAGUCCAGUCACAGAUUUCAGUGUCCGUACUGUCAGCUGCCCCUGAGGCAGCGUACCCAGGCCUGGCGACACAUCAAGCACCUGCAUCCAAAUCAGCAGAUGUACUGCAUCGACGUGGCCACAAACACCACCCUCGUGCGCUCCGGCUGGUCGAAUAACUAA